AUGACCCUCACCUGCGCCACCGCCCUUCUCCGCCCGAAUGACGGCGCAAAUGGAUACAUGCCCCCCGGCGGCGCUCGCCGAGCAUUGCUCAAUUUCUUCCAGUACGAUGGCGCCCACUCCUGCUCCAUUAUGACACUCCGCCUCGUCUGUUUCCCAGGCUUUUCUCUACGCGAACUCCGCCUCCUCCUCGCCCCAUUUGGACUUGCACUCCACACAGACGGCACUGGCGAGGGUGUCACCCCCGGGGGCCAUGUUUUAUGUACUGCCAUUGCCCUAGGAGGACCGAGACCUGUCGUCACUAUAUGGAAACCCGCUGCUGUCGAAAGGGCGGUCCUAUCAGGAAUUUUGCAAGACAAGAAUGGCCAUUUGGGUGCUCUACCUGUCACAGUCUUUCGCGAAGUUCUUUGGCCUUGGGUCAGACACGCCGCCCGCUGCGCAGAUUCAACUGGCAAAGCGGUCCCGAAUGUGCUCUGCUUUCGGGACAGAGCUGCAAUACCCCUAUCAUUGCGAGAUACCAGUGAAGCCGUUCCGUCCAACGGCCGUCAGAUAAACAUCAACGGGAAUUCUUCCGACUCCGAUGCUUCCGCGAGCGGCGCCAAUGACGACCCGGAUUUUAUCGACUCGGAGGAUGACGGCUUCUUCGACUCUGAUGAUGAAGAUGCAGGCAGCGAGCCGGAACAUGAAGACAUCAUCGCCCCAUUCCCACACCAACCGAUUUAA